AUGGCUUUCUUAAUGAAGAAAUAUUCAUUGAGCAACUUUGAGGGUUUUGAGGUCCUUGGUGAAGAACAUAAGGUUUACAAGUUGAAAAAGGCCUUAUAUGGCCUAAAACAGCUCCAAGAGCACGAAGAUGAACCGAUAGAAGACUUUAAGAAGCGGAUGCAACAUGUCUUUGAGAUGACUGACCUUGGUCUAAUGACCUAUUUUCUUGGUAUGGAAAUCGGACAAGGAAGUGAUGGUAUUUUCAUAAGUCAACAAACAUUUGCUUCCAAGUCUACUUUCAAGGUUUAUGCACCUUUGCAUAAUGUGGCACAUCUGAAGGCGACUAAAAGAGUGUUAAGCUGGAGUUCAAAGAAGCAACAAACUGUUGCACAAUCUACAGCAGAGGCUGAGUAUAUCUCAGCUGCAGCAGCAGUGAAUCAAGCCAUUUGGCUUAGGAAGAUUUUGGGUGAUUUAAAUGAAAGUCAAAUUCAGCCUACUGAAAUUAGAGUGGAUAAUCAAUCAGCUGUGGCCAUAGCCAAGAAUCCAGUCUUCCAUGUCCAAGGAGGAGUGUUGAAGCCGUGGCUGCAUUGCAACAAAGAACCAACAAACAAAUUGGUCAAAGACCAACAAUGA